AUGGAAAUGUUGUACCAAUUAGGAAAGUGGAGAAAGGAGAGUUCUCGCAAAGUCUCAAGCCAGAAAUCCGAUUUGGGAGGCACAGCUGCUGGAGGAACAAUUUUCGGAGACAUCCGACUCAAGAAUUUUCACUUACAGGGAGCUAAAGACUGCUACUAUUGGCACCGGAAUGAUCGUUGCUAUCAAGAAAGGGAAUCCAGAAAGCUUUCAAGGCCUUACAGAGUGGCAGGUGGAUUUGCUAGCACGACUUUCUCAUCUAACAUUGUUAAGCUAAUAGGACACUGUUCAGAGGAUAAGGAGCGACUCCAUGUCUAUGAAUUCAUGCAGAAAGGAAGCUUGGAGGAUCAUCUUUUUAGAAAGAACCCGGAAACUGAAGCAGUACUCUCUUGGGACAACAGACUAAAAAUUGCUCUUGGAGCUGCUCGGGCCUUAUCUUUCUUACACAGUUUACAGACACCAAUCAUACACAGAGAUUUCAAGACCUCUAAUAUUUCUCUUGAUGAGAAUUACAAUGCGAAACUCUCAGGGUUUGAAUUGGCUAAAUUGGGGCCAAGUGAUGGAGAGUCAUAUGUUGAGACUCAAGUUAUGGGCACGUAUGGUUAUGCUGCUCCAGAAUACAUUGCAACAGGUUGUUUGUACGUGAAGAGCGAUGUAUACAGAUUUGGUGUUGUGCUGCUCGAAAUUCUGACAGGUUUAAGGGUCAUUGAUAGGAACCGUCCUUCCCAGAAACAGAAUUUAGUCGAUUGGGGUAAACCACUUCUCUCUGACAAAAGUAAUUUGGAGACCUUCAUGGAUGCCAAGAUAAAGGGCCAAUAUUCCUCCAAGGAAGCAUUAGAGAUGGCAAAGAUUACCCGGAAAUGCCUAGUACCAGAUCCUAAAGUUCGUCCUUCAAUGAAAGAAGUUGUUGAUGCAUUGGAACAGAUUCAGGCAACGAGGGAAAGCUCAGAAUAAACAUAAGUUACACUGCAAAAUGUAGAAUGUGAAGAUUGGAUCUUACAUAUUUUGUGUGCACAUUAUAAAUGUAGAAUGUUUCAACAGUUCUUUGUUAAUUUUUUUUGGAAUUUAUAACAAAUUUACGGAGAGUAAUUAUUGGA